AUGAUACUGAAUGUUGAUCUUAAAUGCCCCUGCUGCUACAAGAAGGUCAAGAAAGUCCUCUGUAAAUUCCCUCGUGGGAAGGCAAUUCAGAGCAUUGAGAUCGUCGAGAACAAACCAGAAACACCGGAAAAACUUAAGCCUGUCGAUAAACCAAAACCCCCACAACCUGAGAAGCCGACAGUGAUCGAGAAAAAACCAGAACCCAAGCCCCCUCCAGUUGUAGUUCCGGUGUCGGCGCCGACACCGGUUGAAAAGCCUAAAGUGGAUCCUCCCAAACCCGAUCCCCCAAAAGCCGAUCCCCCGAAACAUGAUCCACCAAAACAGGAUCCACCGAAAAAACAAGAUCCAGUUCCAGCUCCGAUGCCACAUGUUGUUGUCCCAUAG